AUGGAGGAUGCUGAUUUGGCUGAAAUUCCUCCAGCGUCUCCGGAUGACGACAAUGCCGACAGAGCAAGCUGUAUGGUGUGCUAUAACGUUUUCCACUCAAAACUUCGGGUGCCGAAAAGCCUUCCCUGCGGGCAUAGCUUUUGUCAGGGAUGUAUCAAUUCCUUGAUUUCAAAUACACCACAGUUUGUCAGAGGUCUCCCAUGUCCAACAUGUCGUAAAAUGGUCCCAUACGAAAAUCCUCAGAAUCCGCAAAGCUCAAUUCCGACAAACUUCGUUCUCCGAGAGGUUCUUGAAAAACAGGAAACAGAUAAUCUUUCCCAGCUAGGAGAAAAGUAUUGUUGCCGUCAUUGCCAAAGAGAGUUCCAUGAGAAAGAUUUGAUGAAAUGUGAUACUUGCUGUCCUAAAGCCCGAAAUGAUGAUUCUGUAGACUUUAUGGGUCGCCCUAAUCUUACACUGUCCUGUUCGGGUUGUAUGGUCAGACACCAUCGAGGUCAUUUGUUCGUGCCUCAAGCUAUCGUUCAAGCAAGAUGGAAGCACAGGAGUCUUUAUCAAAAGUUCGCAAAGAGUGUAGAAGAAGAAGACAAACGAGUGGAUAAAUUUAUUGAAUCGAUGACGAAUGCUAUUGAAAUCGCACAGAAGUUCAAGACUAAUCUUCACGAAACUGCUCGUCAAGUAGAGAAUAACCCUCUUCACACUAAAAUCAGUUCGGUUUUGAAGAAUUUCGUGAAAGCUGCCAGUGACUCGGCCAAAUUCAUGAACAUUUCAACAGAUUGUAUAGAACGCUUCACGAAGCCCAGCGUAAGUAAAUCAUUAACUAACGAUCAGAGACCUAAUAGAAACUUUAAGGCACCUCAAAACUCUAUGCUUGGGAAAGAACUUUUCAAAUUUGAAAAGCCAGCCAACGAAGUUGUGCAAGACUAUGGACAGUGCUUAAAGAAUCUUUUCAAGGAAUCGCAUCAAUCAACAAGUCAAGGAAGAAAUGUAAAUAACUUGGAUCCAGCAGGUCCGGCGCCUGUUGCUAAUGUUGCUCCUGCUGCUUCUGCUGCUGCCCCAGUUGCUCGUGCUGCCCCCGCCGUUGCCGCAAUGCCAAAUCUAGGGGGUGUAUUAGAUAUAAGAAAUCCGUUCGCAAACUUAUUUGGCAAUCAGUUUUUGCAAAACAUCAAUAUUGGACAAAUGCAUAUGCCUUUAAACAAUUUCAACCAAGUUUUUAUGCAGCAACGUGAUCAAUAUCUUCAACUUCAAGCUUUACAAGCUCAACAACAAGCAGUUCAACAUCAUGCACUUCAACAGCUGGCUCAGCAGGCUCAAGCUCAAAAUCAGUUUCUAUGGAACAUGAAUGUAGCCGUUGCUCAAGCCGACCAGCAACAAGAAAACUUUAAUGUGCAAUUUCAACUUGAUGUUCCACCGCCCGACAAUCGUAAUAGAGUUCAGGACUUUUUCAACGACCAAAUUAUUGCUUUGAACCCUGCUUUUGUGGGAAAUGGAGCUGUAACGCUAGAGCGAUUUAUUCGUACUUUGGUUGACAACGUUCGGUUGGAUGACGGAUGGCAGGAAGUUUAUAACUUUUUCUUCGUGGCGCCAUAUGAAGACAGAGACUUCACUCCACGCGGAAGCCUUCAAAUCUGCGCAGUGUUGCAAACCAUUUUAAAUGCCGGUAUCUUGAUUCAAGGACGCAUGCCCUAUACUGGAUUUGAGCAACUGCUCCAGGAUCUCCAAGAGUUAGAUAACGUAGAAGAAGUAGUCGAAGAACCAGAAGUUGUUUGGAUUAGAGAUGACGAUGAUGUGGUAUUCUUGAAUAUGCAACAAGCCCAGAUGGCACCUCCAGCUGCUGACGAUGAGCAACCCGAAGUUUUGAUUGUUGCCCCUGUUAUUGAUAACAAUGCCGAGCAGAACAUGGCUGACGAAGGUGAACAGGUCGGACAAAAUGAAGAAAUUCAAGAAGAAGUAGUGGGAAACGAACAAGAGCAACCGAACGUUCAAGUUCAGCGCGAUGAUUUUGAAAUACAGAUUCGCGAUAACUUUGUUUUCCAACACGAAGAUCUGGUCCCAUUGCCGCCCGCUAGGUCAACUAGAGGUGCAAAGCGCCGUGCGGAUAGCAUCGCUCAACAAGCCCAACAGAAUGAACAGCGCAAUGAACCACCCGCCACUCCAGAGGUCCGACGUCGUGGAAGACCAAAACGAAACCGACCCGGAUGA